AUGAACGGCAGUGUUGCGGCCCCGGGUGUUGGCGGCUGCAGCCCCUGGGAUGACCCUGCUCGCUUCAUCGUGGUGCCCACGGCCUAUGCCCUGGCGCUGGGCCUGGGGCUGCCCGCCAACGUGGCGGCCCUGGCGGUGUUCGUCAGCAGCGGCAGGCGCCUGGGCCGGGCCCUGCGGCUCUACCUGCUCAACCUGGCCCUGGCCGACGUGCUCUUCACGCUCACGCUGCCGCUGUGGCUCACCUACUACCUGGGCCCGGCCCACUGGCCCUUCCCGGAGGCCGUCUGCCGCGCGGCGGGGGCUGCCUACUACGUGUCCACCUACGCGGCCGUGGCCUUCGCGGCGCUCAUCAGCCUGUGCCGCUGCGGCUCGGUGCGCGGGCCCCGGCCCGGGGCGGCCGCCCGCCUCGCGCCGCGCCGCCGGGGCCCCGCCCGCGCCGCCUGCGCCGCCGCCUGGCUGGCCGGCCUGGCCUGCGCCGCGCCCUCGCUGGCCGCGCCGCACGCGCUGCGCCCCGGGCCGGGCGGCGCCGCCCGCUGCCUGGAGCACGGCUGGGCGCGCGCCGGCCUGGCCUACGCCACCGUGGCCUUCUUCGCCGCCGCCUUCCUGCUGGUGCUCGCGGCCUACGUGAGCCUGGCGCGGGCGCUCGCGGCGCCCUCGGGCCCCGGCCCGGCCCCGGCCGGCCCGCACCGGCGCGCCGCCAGGACCAUGGUGCUGGGCCUCCUGCUCGUCUUCGCCCUCUGCCUGGCGCCCUACCACCUGCUGCUGGCGCCCUGGGUGGCCGGGCGGGAGGGCGCCGCGGGCGGCGACGGCGGCGGGUGCCGGGCCGCCUCCACGCUCGACGUCCUGCACACCCUCAGCCUGGCGCUGCUGAGCCUCAACAGCUGCCUGGACCCGCUCAUCUACUGCUUCUCCGUGCGCCGCUUCCGCCGGGACUGCUGGGCGCUGAGCUGCCGCCCGGGGCGCGGGGGGCACGCGGCCUCCUUGGCCUCCUCCUAG